GCCAUCAUCAUCCUCUCUCUCUCUCUCUACCCUCUUCUAUCUCUCUCUCCUUCCUUAUUUGAUCGCCGGUAAAUCACAGCCGUCCGAUUAACCACUCGCGACAAGAUCUUUUGAUUAGAUCUCCGACAACACUCCGGUAACUAUCUCUAACUCUUGUUUCCAUUUCCGUGGAUUGGGAGAAAAAAAAAUGAGAUAGCUUGAUCCAACCCAGUCAUAGUGGAAUAAGAAGAAGAAGAAGCUCUCUUUGAAAAAAAAUCUCAAUUUGAUUAUUUUAGGGUUUUUGAUUGCAUGCUGAUCCCAAUUCGAAUCCGCUAGGGUUUUCUUAGUUAGUUGGAGAGUUUUCAAAGUUAGUUCCUUUUUAGUUUCUAGUCAUGUUUAAGAAAAUCAUGAAAGGUGGGCACAAAAAGCCCUCUAAAUCCGAAGCCAACGAACCUUCAAGUUACAAUCUUGGUGGCUCCAAUGUUGUCGUUAGUCACGCUUCUCGUGGCGGCGGUGCACUGGUUCCUUCUUCUCCAGUGACUGCCACGUCACCACCACCACCACCUAUAACCUCAGUAACCCCACUGCCUUUGUUCAGAGACGUUCCUGUUUCAGAGAGGCAAGCUUUGUUCUUGAGGAAGCUUCAGAACUGCUGUUUCCGGUUUGAUUUCAGUGAUACGGUUAAGGACGCGAGAGAGAAGGAGAUUAAGAGGCAGACGUUGCUGGAGCUUGUGGAUUUUAUACAGUCUGGAGCUAGUAAGAUUGUCUCAGAGUCUUGUCAGGAGGAAAUGAUUAAGAUGGUUUCUCUCAAUCUGUUUCGGUGUCUCCCUCCUGGUUCUCAGGAGAAUACGGGUCAGGAGCCUGCGGAUCCCGAGGAGGAGGAGCCUUAUUUGGAACCUUCUUGGCCUCAUUUGCAGCUGGUUUACGAGUUGCUGCUGAGAUACGUUGUUUCUACUGAUACGGAUACGAAAGUGGCGAAACGGUAUAUUGACCAUUCCUUUGUGUUGAAUUUGCUUGACUUGUUUGACUCUGAGGAUCCGAGAGAGAGGGAGUAUUUGAAGACGAUUCUUCAUAGAAUCUACGGGAAGUUUAUGGUCCACAGGCCGUUUAUUAGGAAAGCAAUCAACAAUAUUUUCUAUAGGUUUAUUUAUGAGACAGAGAGACACAGUGGGAUUGGGGAACUCUUGGAGAUUCUAGGGAGUAUCAUUAACGGGUUUGCGUUGCCUAUGAAGGAGGAGCACAAGCUGUUUCUCAUCAGGGUGUUGAUACCGUUGCAUAAGCCGAAGCCAAUAGCUAUAUAUCAUCAGCAGUUGUCUUAUUGUAUUGUUCAGUUUGUGGAAAAGGAUUAUAAGCUAGCGGAUACUGUGAUCAGGGGGUUGUUGAAGUAUUGGCCUGUGACUAACUGCACUAAGGAGAAUCUCUUCCUUGGGGAACUUGAAGAAGUUCUUGAGGCUACACAGCCUGUUGAGUUCCAGCGUUGUAUGGUUCCAUUGUUCCAACAGAUUGCUCGCUGCCUCAAUAGCUCUCACUUUCAGGUUGCAGAACGAGCACUGUUCUUGUGGAACAACGAGCACAUAGUAGGUCUCAUCGCGCAGAACCGAAGCGUAAUCCUUCCAAUAAUAUACCCCGCACUGGAGAAGAACAUCCAGUCUCACUGGAACCAAGCAGUUCAUGGUCUAACCGCAAAUAUCAAGAAGAUGUUCAUGGAGAUGGAUCCUGAACUCUUUGAAGAAUGUCAGAGACAGUAUGAAGAGAAACAAGCCAAGUCCAAAGAAGUUGAAGAAAAACGCCAAUUUACGUGGAAGAGAUUAGCUGAAGCAGCAGCAGAGCGAGAUGGAGUUGGAGGAGGAGAAGAUUAUAUGAUCACUUCCUAGAUCGAUAAAAAAUGGUAUUACUCACUUUUUUUUAAAAUCGUUUACUAUUAAUAUCUUUUUUUUUCCCAAUGUAUAAACUUUCGAUUUGUUUUUUUUGUUGUGAGAAUCAUCGAUUCUGAUUCUGGUUGCUCAGAGAAUAGUAAAGUGAAGUGAGCUAAUCAACUAUCAGAGAAUAUGUCUUUUGUCUGUACGGAUCGGGCUUUAGUACUAAGAAUGUAUUUGUGAUCUUCAACUUCUCUUUUUGUUAUGGAAAUUUGUGGAAUUUUUUUAUUAUAUAAAGCAGGCAAGGAUAUUCAAUGUGAAGCAUAACGAAGGGAUUGGAAAAUUAAUAAC